GCCCGCCUCGAAUGGCUCUGAGAACCAGCAGGGCCCCCGCUCAGCUGUUCUGGCACGCCGCUGCAGAGAUGGCCUCCUGGGCUAAGGGCAGGAGCUGCCUGGCGCCUGGUUUGCUGCAGGGCCAAGUGGCCAUCGUCACUGGCGGGGCCACGGGCAUCGGAAAGGCCAUCGUGAAGGAGCUCUUGGAGCUGGGGAGUAAUGUGGUCAUUGCAUCCCGUAAGUUGGAGAGAUUGAAGUCUGCGGCAGAUGAACUGAAGGCCAGCCUACCUCCCACAAACCAGGCACGAGUCAUUCCCAUACAAUGCAACAUCCGGAAUGAAGAGGAGGUAAUGGAGAGCCAUCUUGAUCAAGUUUGCCUCUAUCCUGCAGUUUACAACUCCUGGAUGAAAGAGCAUGGAGGAUCUAUCGUCAAUAUCAUUGUCCUUGCUAAAGCUGGAUUUCCAUUAGCUGCGCAUUCUGGAGCUGCAAGAGCAGGUGUUUACAACCUCACCAAAUCUUUAGCUUUGGAAUGGGCCUGCAGUGGAGUAAGGAUCAAUUGUGUUGCGCCUGGAAUUAUUUAUUCCCAGACUGCUGCGGAGAACUAUGGUUCUUUCGGACAAAGCCUCUUUGAAAGUUCUUUUCAGAAAAUCCCCGCUAAACGAAUUGGUGUUCCUGAGGAGGUCUCCUCUGUGGUCUGCUUCCUACUGUCUCCUGCAGCUUCCUUCAUCACUGGACAGUCGGUGGAUGUGGAUGGGGGCCAGUGCCUCUAUACUCACUCGUAUGAGGUACCAGAUCAUGACAACUGGCCCGAGGGAGCAGGGGACCUUUCUGUUGUCAAAAGGAUGAAGGCAUCUUUUAAGGACAAAGCUAAGCUCUGAGUGGAGGAAACAAGGUGUCCUCCAUCCCCCAGUGCCUUCACAUCUCGAGGAUAUGCUUCUCUACUUUUUAAAAGCUUAUAGUUGGUAUGGAAAACAUUUUUCUGAUUUUUAAAUGUUAUUAAUUAUAUCUAUUGAAAAACUAUUCCUGAAAUAUAUACACUCUUAUGUCCCAAUAAGCCUGUGAUUUAAAAAUGUUUAAGUACAGAAAUUAAUAUAUUUUAAUGAUUUUACUUUGUAUUUCUAAGAAAAGUAUUUGAAAGAUGGAAUAAUUUUAAAUCAAUAAUAAUUCUAGGGAUCAUGAACUCCCAGAAGAUUUUAUUAUUUAAUUGUAAAGGUGGAGGCCAGGAGCCAUGGCUCACACCUGUAAUUCCAGCACUUUGGGAAGCUGAGGCGGGCGGGUCACUUGAGAUCAGGAGUUCAAGACCAGGCUGGCCAACAUGGUAAAACCCUGUCUCUACUAAAAAACAACAACAACAACAAAACACAAAUCAGCCGGGUGUGGUGGCACACUCUUGUAGUCCCAGCUACUCGGGAGGCUGACGCAGGAGGAUUGCUUGACCCCGGGAGGCAGAAGUUGCAGAGAGCUGAGAUUGUGCUACUACAGUCCAGCCUGGGCUACAGAGUGGGACUGCAUCUUAAAAAAAAAACCCCAAAAACAAAACAAAACAAAAAAAUCAUAAAGGUAGAAAAUAAAUCUAAAUUGUGUCAUAAUUAUGAUUAUUACAAUUAAAAUUAUAUAAUGACUUAUUUUUGGUGGCAAAUACUUUUGGAAUAAUAAAGCCUUAUGGUAAUUAUUGAUGUGUAGUUUCUUUUGUUCAUGAAGUCAAAUUUGUAUAAAUUCUGUUAAUUCAAA